ACAUUUCUCCCCGUGGAAAUUGGGGAUUAUAGGAGGAGUGACAUUGUGGAAGAAAGACUGAAGGUGUUCGCGAUCGGAGACUUUGAAACCCUCCUUUCACCCAUUCAUCCCAAGCAUUCAACAAUGUCUCCGUUAUCGAAGCUCUCGUUGCUGAUACUGAUGGUGUUCAUCUCCUCCGCGAUGGCCUCCUCCGACGAGAGAGUGAGCGAAUUGCUCUCCCUGCAAUCCAGAUCCAAAUCGGGCGUAAUCCGGCUGAACGACCAAUCCCUCGCCCGCUUCCUCACCUCCGUGAAAACCCCUCGCCCUUACUCCAUCCUCCUUUUCUUUGACGCCGCACAGCUCCACGACAAGCCGGAGCUCCGCCUCACCGAGCUCCGCAACGAAUUCUCCAUCGUCUCCUCCUCCUUCCUCGCCAACAACCCUUCCAACACCAAGCUCUUCUUCUGCGACAUCGAGUUCAAGGAGUCCCAGCUCACCUUCUCCCAGUUCGGCGUCAACGCCCUCCCUCACAUCCGUCUCAUUGGGCCCACCGCGGGCCUCAAGGACUCCGAGCCCAUGGACCAAGGCGACUUCUCCCGCCUCGCCGAUUCCAUGGCCGAGUUCGUCGAAUCCAAGACCAAACUCUCCGUGGGCCCCAUCCACCGCCCCCCUCUCUUCUCCCGCAACCAGAUCAUCCUCUUAACCGUCUUCAUUCUCAUCUGGAUCCCCUUUUUCCUAAAAAAAGUUAUCGCCGGCCAGACCAUACUCCACGACCCUAAAGUCUGGUUGGCCGGUUCAGUCUUCGUUUACUUCUUCAGCGUUUCUGGUGCAAUGCAUAACAUAAUCAGGAAGAUGCCUAUGUUUCUCGUCGACCGCAACGACCCUUCCAAGCUUGUGUUUUUCUACCAGGGCUCCGGGAUGCAGCUUGGUGCAGAGGGCUUUGCUGUGGGCUUCUUGUACACCGUCGUGGGCCUGCUCUUGGCGUUUACGACCCACGGGCUCGUUAGGGUUAGCAACGUCAGCGUGCAGAGGGUGGUCAUGAUCUUCGCACUCUUGGUUUCGUUUUUGGCUGUCAAGCAGGUUGUUUACUUGGAUAAUUGGAAGACUGGGUAUGGGAUUCACGGCUUUUGGCCCUCUAGCUGGAAUUAAGAGGUAUUCUGGGCCUGCCUUCCCAUUUUAUUAAAAUCUAUAAAGCUUAGCGAAAAUGUCAUAUGUUUAGAACUUUGCCGGAUUUUAUAUAGAACUUGAAUUUGAGUAUGAGUACGACAUUUUGUUUGGACAUGUUAUGGUUAUUAGUGGUGGCAUAAUGCUAAAUUGCGUUUUUCUA